UUUUUUUUUUUUUUUUUUUAUAAAUCGUAUAAUUAUAAUGAACCCUAUCAUGACUUUGCCCGCUACUUGUGAAUUAUGUGGAAACUGGCUUCCUGGACAUUCUACUAGCUGUGCUCGCUAUGGAGUGCAUCCUAGUCAAUGGUGUCUCGGUAUCGAUGAUGUGAUUGAUCAGCAAGAGACAGUUAUGCUUAAAGCACAUGUAAAUCUUUAUGACAUGGAUCUCUACAUUUUUAAAAUAGAAAGCGACAAAAAGAAGAGACAGAAAACGCCAAAUUAUCUUUAUGAGUUUGAUUUGUUCAUUUAGUUUAUGCUUAACUUUCCUAAUUUUUCUCGCUGUCAUUCCUUAUUUCUUUACCUUUACAUUAUGUAUACAGUGCACACUCAUUCGAAUGAUAUAUUUAGUCUCAAAAGAUUAUCAAUUUACUAUACAAACAACGAACAAGUAUAUACAACUCUCAGCAAUAUUAUAACGCCAUUUCAUUUAAUAAAAAUCGCCAAGCAAACAAAUGAUUAUGUAUUAUCGAUUUGAAUAAUAAUAUACACCACCUUCCCCCACGGAUUUAUAUAUAGCAAUAUGUCUCCAUACCCCUAUCAAAUAUUCCCUCUUUUUCUCCCCUUAAACAUCUACAAUAUAUUAUAAUGAUAAUAAACAUUUAU